CUUCUCUCUCUCUCUCUCUCUCUCGCGCUCUCUCUCUGCAUCCAUAAACAUAACUGAUGCACAUCAGUUUACAAUUAGGGUUUGAUUGGACCAGGGAUGUUGAAGAUUUCGGAGAAGUAGGACCUACUCCCAUAUACCCGGAAUUUAAUGUUUGAAGGCGACUAAGUUUUUCAAUACUACUACAUUACGCCACCCGUUUUCUGUUAGUUUUGCUUUUUCUCUCUCUAGAAUUGUGUUUCAACAACAGUUGGUUGUUGUUGUUGUUGUUGUUGCGGCGCGUAUUCCUUCCAUGUGCAAGUUGGUAAAGGCUUCGUUCUUUUAACCCGUUUUUUCUUUGUUCCUUAUUGACUUUUAGCUCUCAAUAGUCUCCCUUAUCUUUGUUUGCUAUUAUUUUCUAUGUUUUUUGGUUAGCCUUUGAAUUGGGUAUUAAGAAGUUUUUCUGUAUUGGGUUUCUGCUGUUUCAAAUCAAAAGUCAGGUGGAACUUGCUCUGGGUACUGGGUUCUUGUGGGUUUGAUUCUUUGAUCCCCAGAUCGCCUGUGAGACUUGACCACAAGAUACUCAGGCCAGUUCUGUAUAGUCUGCCAUGUUUGAGUUUGUUUACAACUAGGGGUAGAAGAUAGAAGAACUUUCUCUGGCCUUUAACAACCAACUUGCUGGAGGCAGAAGAUGGAGAAUUUAAUUGUCAAUGCAGAGAAAGAUGGCAAAGAAAAAGAAGAUCACAGUGAGGAUCAUGGUCUGUCUAAAAGAUUAGUAAGAAAGGUAGAGCCAAAGAAUGUCCUGAUAUUAAAUGGAAGGAAGUCUCAAAGUGGUGAACUUUGCAAACAGGAACUGUUUCUUAAAGGUAUUCGUGGCAUAGACAAUAGGUUUCCCAAGCGUAUAAUGAGUUUCGAUGAAAAAUACCUUCGUCGUUGCCUGGAAAUGAUACAUAUCAGUGCGUUGAGAGCUGCCUCAUUCAAUAUCUACCCCGAGAUGAGUGUUUGUUCAAAAGAAAUUACUAGUAGAGAUAGGUGUGAUUUGGUUAGUUUGGGUAUUGGAUGCUCUUUGUCAGCUGAGACUGACAAUGUUGCCAUAAGCUCUACAGGAGAUUGGAUUCUAGGUACAAUCACUGGGAGCAAGAGUAUGCUAAAUAUUCUAAAGAGCCCUCUAUUUCACCAAAUUGGUGCCUCAGAUUGUGAUGUCAAGUUUGGAGGAACAAGUUUUAUCGAUGACAAAGAACUACUGCAUUCUGAUUUUAUGAGCUCUUCUUAUGGGUUAAGUAUCAGUUCCUCGCAAAAGCUGCAAAAGGAAAUGGCGGUGCUUGGAGACCAUAGAUAUGGAUCUGAGCCUGUACACAAAAGGCUUGUUUCUGUGUCAAGCACAAUCUCAUCCUGCUCAAAUCAGUCUUAUUCUGCAUCUGCUACUGUUUCUCUGGGAAUGCUCCAGUGUACAUGGAAGGAUGGGCUUCCAAAUUAUAUAUUCUCUUUAGAUGAUCACAGGGAGGUUUAUGUAGCCGAAAUGUGUAAGGUUGAAUCAUCCGAUGAUAAGGUUUUGGAUUAUAUGUACAAUUUUCAUUCAAGAGCAGGUAGCAAAAAGAAAUGUGCGAUACAUGAGGAUGAAUCAGAUCUUGUUGCUAAAAUGAGAGUAUCAACCUCUAUUACACUCUGUCCAAACAACUCACAAGUGAUGGAGACUCAGUUUGUUCUGUUUGGUUCCGAUAAUUACAGCGCGGGAGAGAUUCAAACUUCAAGCCAUACCCAUAUGAAGAACAAAGGGUUGUCGAAGAAGAUGGUGGAUGUAUUUAGGAAAAAUCAAUCUUAUAAACAGAGAACUCCCUCCAAAUUUUGGGGAACAAGUGCCAUACUUGAAAAUUCUACUUGGGAGUUGUGCCAAGAUUCACGCAACAAGUGUGAUCCAGUUAGGGCCAAUCUUUCAGAUAAACAUCUUCCUCCAAAUUGUGAGUUGGCUGCCAUAAUUGUUAAGGACCACAUCCAUGACAAUCGUAAGGAUGCAGAACUUGGAGGAUGGGGCUUAAAGUUUCUCAAGAAAGCCGGGAUCAAGCAAACCAAUGCAUCUCUAGAUACCUCAGAACCUUCUGAAUGUUGUCGACGAGACAGUGGCGAUUGCUCGACAAGUAUGGAUAUUAUAGUUCCAGCAGGUUUCCAUGGUGGGCCAAGAACCAGAUAUGGUGGCCCUUCAAGCCUCAUUGAGAGAUGGAACUCUGGUGGGCACUGUGACUGCGGGGGCUGGGACAUAGGUUGCCCACUGACGGUACUCAACACUAGGCCAAGCAGAAUGGGAGUUUCACCUCAAACAGAGAUUCCUGGAGAGUGCAGGACAGUUGAUCUCUACAUACAGGGUUCAAAGCAAAAUACACCUAUCAUGAAAAUGGCAAAUAUCCAUGAUGGUUUGCAUUACAUUCAUUUCCAGUCAACUCUAUCGGCUUUACAAUCUUUCUCGAUUGCAGUGGCAGUCAUACAUACAUGUAGUCCCACCCUCCGACCCAAAGUAUAUAGGAGUUGAAGUUGCAAAUCUAAGGAUAAGGUUUGUGUAUCUGUGAUUUACUGUACUACAGUUAUGGGAACUUCCAGUUUAGUUAUUUACAGAUGAAUUAAGAUGCUAGUAUUCCUUUAUUAUUGCUGGAGUGUUCCAUUAUUUUGUAAUUUGUUGCCCCGAUUGUUACUGAGUACUUAUUUGUUGUCUCAAGGCUGGAAAGUUAUUGUAUCCAAUUCUUUUGACUGAAUUGUACAAGUUUCCAUUAGAGUGAAUUAGAUGCCAAAUUUUGUUAUCCACAACAGCAUAUAUAAAGAUUCUCGAGUAAUGAAA